AUGUCAUAUCAGAAAGCAGUCAUCAUCACCGCACCGCAGCAUGCACAAGUGGUCGACGACCGGCCCAUUCCCAAGUUGCGGGAUGACUGCAUCCUAGUCAAAACCAUUAGUGUCGCCCUGAACCCUACGGACUGGAAACAUAUCGACUACCUCGCCAGCCCCGGGGUACUUGUCGGGUGCGACUACGCCGGCAUCGUGGAGGACGUCGGCAAAGCUGUUAAGAAACCAUUUGUCAAAGGCGAUCGCAUUUGUGGAUUCGUACACGGAUCCAAUGCCGUCCAGCCAGAGGAUGGGGCGUUCGCGGAGUAUAUUGUGGUCAAGGGGGAUCUCCAGUACAGGAUCACUGAGACCACGUCCUUUGAAGAGGCGGCAACGUUGGGCUUAGGAGCCAUCACUGCCGCUCUGGGCCUUUACCAAAGCCUCCAUCUUUCACCACCCACGUCCCCAGUGCAGGAGAAAGUUCCAGUAUUGGUGUACGGGGGAUCAACAGCGACCGGGACCUUGGCGAUCCAGCUUGCCAAGUUGUCCGGGUAUAUGGUUCUGACUACAUGUUCUCCUCGCCACGUCGAUCGAUUGAAGUCCCUCGGUGCGGACGCGGUUUUCGACUACAACGAUCCCGAUGCCGCCAACGCAAUCAGAAAGUAUACCAACGACAGUCUUACUCUGGCCUUCGAUACCGUGUCCGUCGAAAGCAGUGCCAAAUUCUGCGAUAUGGCUCUUUCCUCGCAGGGCGGAGACUAUAGCUCCCUGCUACCGAUAGCGAUUGAACGGGAGAAUGUACGCGAUCGAGCCACAAUGGCCUACACUGCCUUCGGUGAGAGAUUCAUUUUUGGAUCCAAGGAGAUUCCUGCGCGACCGGUCGAUAGAGAGUUCGCGGAAGCUUUUACGGCUAUUUUUGAGGAGUUGCUGGCGAGCGGCAAGAUCAAGCCCCAUCCGGUUCGCAUUGGCGAUGGCGGGCUAGAUGGUAUUCUGGACGGUCUUCAGCUGUUGAGGGAGGGAAAGAUCAGUGGCGAGAAGCUUGUUUACAAUAUCAAAAGCAGCUGA